GUUUGACAGAUAAUUGUGAACUUGAUAACACUUCGUGCCAGCUACCCUAUAAACAUUAUAUCCUCAUGGCAUCAAUGAAGGUCAUUGGUAUAAAAUAGCAAACAAUCUCGAGACAAAUCAUUAGAAAAGUUAUUCAUCUAAGAGCAUACAAGAUACAGCGCGCAAAAUGACCAAACUUCUGAUUGGCUGUAUAUUUGUUUCCAUAACGCUGAUUCUUGGCGAGCGUCCAGAAUGGUACCCAAAAAAUGCUUCCCUAUUCGAAAAGGCAUGCUUAGUAGAAAAUGGCAUGAGGCCUGAUCAGUGGGCUAGGAUACGGACAAUGCAUCUGGAGGAUACACCAUCGGAACGCGCGUUUCUACUUUGUCUUGUCAAGACUAAAAAUGUCUUUCGGCCUGAAAAAGGCUUCGAAGCGGAAAGAUUACGCCUGGGAUUCCAGCAGUCAAUCAAAAUGGAUUGUGAUAUUGAGCAUAUCGAGCAUUGCAAACAGCUGUAUGGACAUUUGAAACCAGACGAUGUUAUGGUUUUCCAAAUUAUGAAAUGUGUAUGUGAUGUCAAGGACGAGAAGUGUCGUAUACCCAUUAAAAAUGAGUUGUGA